AUGAAAGUGCAUUCCAUAUCCCCCCUACUCCACGGCUACGACAGCCGAAUCGAAGACAUCUCCUACGUCGUCGCCGUUUUCUACACCACCGACACUCCAAACACCCACCAACUCUCUCCUAAUUGGUCAGCGUUCCUCGGAAUGAGCAAUAUGUGGUUUAUGAUCUCCACUUCCUUGUUUUGUGUCAUCUACUUUGGUAUCAAGUGUUAUUGGAAAUUGACCAAGUCAUUGGUCAAGUCGAAAAUGUCCUCGUAUUAUAAGAAAUCUAUUCAACAGCAAUUGUUUCAGGCGCUGGUUAUGCAGACCCUAAUUCCAGUGGUCCUCAUGUACGCCCCUAUCGUAAUUCUAUUCAUAUUCCCAAUGUUUAAUAUUGAAGUGGGAUUUAUUAGUAGUUUUAUCACAGCCACUAUCGCUAUCUAUCCAGCUGUCGAUCCGCUACCAACUAUGUUUAUUAUCGAGAAUUAUAGGAAGACAUUGUGUUGUUGUCUGUGGAUGAGGAAGAAGAAGAAGGUUGCGAAGGCGGCGGUGGUGAACAGAUCAGUGGAUAUUCAGAAUUGA